AUGGAAGUAGUGGAGAUGACGAAGGAUGACAGGGACCCCGACAAGAAGGAGAAGAGCAGCAAGGAAAAGGAAGGAAGGAAGAAGAAAAGUGCCACUGCCGAGGAUGUGGAGGAGGAAGUGCAGCAGCUGCUCAAGAACGGCGUGUGGAAGCAGAUGAAGGAAGAGGGGACGGGGAAGACGUACUACUACCACACCACCACGAAGGAGACUUGCUGGGACCUGAAGAAGGCAAUACGCAAGCAGCGACGGGCGGCAUCCAAUGGCGGCAACAACAACAACAACAUGGACGACGGUGCCACCACCACUGCGGAACCCGCAGAUGACGGCUCUGCGAAGAGAGCCAAUAUGCCACACAAGUCAGAGGAGGAAGCGGCUGCCGCCAAAAAAAAGGACAGCGAGGCGGCGGAGGUGGAUGCAGACGGUAAAGCCGCACCUGCCGCUGAUGCUCCUGCCAAGAAAGAUGCGCAUGCGAAGAAGGCCGCCCACACCUCCGCUGAACACCCCAGGAAGAGCAAAAACAAGGACAAGAACGACCACGCACUUGUUCCGUGCAGCGAGAAGGGGCAGGAGCUUGCGCAAACCGAGGCGUACCGGGACCCACUGGAGCGCCUCAUGAACGAAACCCAACGCCUGGAACAACUCAUGGUGUCGUCUGGCACCUCGCAGGCGAUGGCGCUGGAGUUUCAACGCUCCUAUGAGGCCUUGGCACGCACCAACAAGGCCCUCACGACGCAGAUGGUGAAGAUGCAGCAGGAGUACAACGCCAUGGAUGCGGCGCUAAAGGAGGCGAACAUCAAAGUGUACGAAAAGGAUCUGGCGCUGCGUGAGCUGCAGAGCAGCACGCGCGUGGUGAAUAAGGAGGAAGAGGCAGAGCGUACCCUCGUUUUCCUCCGCGAGCAGAACCAGGAGCUCCUGCGGCAGGUGGGCGAGCUCACUGUUGCCCUCUCGCGCGGCUUCAACGAGCUGGCCUACCAGCAGGCCAUGACGUCAGACGCCGGUGCGACGAGCCCAGAUGCGCUUGUGACGAAUCCUGUGCGGUUUGGACAACAGGAGUCCCUCGGUGCGACGCUUGAUCGCGUUCUUACGAACCCGCUGACGCAACAGAGCAUCUGCCACACCUGCAUUGGAGAGCUGGAGAAGCUGCGCCUCAGUCUGCUCCCACAAGAAGAGCGAGCGACGGCAUCAGCUGCAGCUGCUGCGGAGAGGGCACACGCUGCUGGGGCUUACCACGCACACUAUCUCCCGGCGAAUGCAGCGUCCGCGCCAACGUUCACCCGAUUUGGCCACCCAAGGGCAGAAGUGCCGAGAGGCGGCCACGUCGGCUACUCUCAGCAGCAUCAGCAUCAACAACAACAACAACAGGGGUAUUUCGGACCAGACACCACUUCGGGUGGUUGGCAACCGUCGUCAACAGCGGUACCUCCGCAAUCCGCUGCUACCCAAUACUUGUACUCGGGCAACAACGGCGCAUACCCGGCACAGCAGCAACAACCAGGGCAGCUGCUUGCACCUUCUGGAUAUGCGUAUGGUCGUUCAUUGGGAGGUGUCGCACAAUGCGGGGAUGGAGGGGACACAUACGCUGACCACUUUCCGGAUGCGUCAAUGAAUCGCCGCUCAGAGUCACGGGCAUCUGUUGUGAGUGCAACCCCUGUCUUUGGUGGCUUCCGCAUCCGGCCGUCUUCGUGA